AUGGAAACUCCGAGGGAGCUCAAACCUGGUGGUAUGGAGGAACUCAAUGGUACCAGCACGAAAAAAUCUAAGAAGGAUAAGAAGAAGUAUAAGAAGAUGGGUGGAUCAGCGAGUGUUUUGCAGAGAGGAUAUGAGAUUGCCAGCAGCCAAGGAGGCGCAGAGGAUAUCGGCACGUCAGAACAAGAUUCAGCUAUUUUACCUACGCCAGCUUCGGAAUUGAGCGGAAAGAAGGAAAAACGAAAACGGCGAAAAUCUCACAGCAAUGUUCACACUGAGGACCCUCAUGAAAAUGGACAAGCGGCAGGCUCAGAGGCUUCACCAUCUGAGCAAAUUGGGGAGCAAGAUCUUGCUACAGCGGAGUCUGAGUUGGUCAAUUCUAAGCACUCAAAAUCGAAGCAAAAGCGCAAACAUCGGAAAUCUCGCCAAGAAGAAUUGCAAACUGAGGAUGAAGGUUAUCCCCUAGUUGAGCCCCUCGCCGCAGCACAAUUAGCAGACAUAGAACAGCAAGAGCGCGAAGCCGAGAUGCCGGAGGAUUCUAUCGCUCAAGAAAGUACAGCCAUUCAUUCGGACUCGAAAAAGAAAAACCAACGCAAAAAACAAAAAUCUAGCACAUCACAUUCUACAGCACUAGUCGAAGAAGAAAUCCUGCCAGAGGAAGUGGAAGUUCAGGCAGGCUUGACCCAUGGGAAGGAAAAGUCUAAGAAGAAGAGGAAGUCGGAGUCGGAGAAACCCACUUCAGUAGGAGCUAUUGGAACAAACGACGAGGGUCGUGAUCAAGAUGAAAUAGGAAAUUCAGUCGAAAAAUCCACUUCAGAUGUAUUGAACAACCAUUCAGCAGAACAAAUACAUCUUUCAAAGUCAAAUAGUGGGGAGAGAAAGAAAUUGAUUUAUGUUGAAGAACCGGGCGCGGAAAGUAAUAUUCUGGAUAAACCCAUACUCCCACAGGCAAAGGGCAAAAAAUAUAUCACGAAACCAAAAACUUCUAAAACCAGCCGACCAGAAGCUAGUGAUGCAAACUCAGCUGCUCUCUUAAAUCAAUUCACUUCUGCUCGCAAGGAUCCCCAAGCGGAAGCAGAACCAAUUAUACCAUCUGCAAAGGCCCUCGGAAAGAGACCUGCUGUUGACCAGCCAGUUGAGCACCAGUCGAAGAAGAGAAAACAGAUUGAUUCGGACUCUAGAAAUGGUGAUAUACGCUCAAUGUUUUCGGACGAUGCUCAACAUAAAAGUUCAAAAGUAGCUGCAUCAAAAACAAAGCAAAGGGCAAGACUAUCUGCAUCGAACUUUGAAGUGUCUAUCCCAUCCCCCGCGGUAAAAACAAGUCGUUCCGGGACCGAAGAGAUGGCAGCUUGGACGGCUAGUGAUAAAAGAUGUGCAUCUUCUGGGAAUGGUAAAGACUCCUCGGAUGAUGGUUCAGAAUUUGAAUUAGAGCAACCGUCAGAUGAAGCACAAGUUACCCGUCGAAAGAGGUAUUUGCCCGUAGACGAGCCCUCCCUAGUGGAAUUAGGGACAUCUAAAUCGGGUAAAAAGCCAAAACAGCUAAAACCCGAAAAAUCUUCCAGCACAAAGCCCGGCAAGGGCAAAAAAGAAUCUUCCAAUGGAGUUAAACCAAAACGUAGCAGAAGCCAAUCUGUGACGAGACCGAAGGACGGGAAUGGAAGACUCAACGAGGACGAGACAAAGAGGAUCGCAGAUGCCGUGGAGUUCUAUCGCGCUGAUAAUGAUUUGGAACAGCAAGCUGUCAACGUCAUUAUCCAAGGAAAUGCUAUAACCGAUGGAAAGAAAUUCUGGGAUUUCAUGACGGAGGAAGUACCCGAUGUUCCCAAGCGAAACCUGCAGAGUUGGUGUAGAAGAAACUUUCAUAACUACGCAGCACGAGGUGUUUGGACUACUGAGCAAGAUGAAGAAUUGAUGGAAGUCUUCAAUAGGAUGCCCAAAAAAUGGUCUCUCAUCGGUGCCGAACUAAACCGUCUGCCUGAUGAUUGUCGUGAUCGAUGGAGGAAUUACUUGUCUGUUACGAAUCUGGAACUUGGUCCAUGGAAACUUCAAGAAGAACAGCAACUCAGGGAUGCCGUGAAGAAAUGUAUCGAACUCAUUCGCGAGGAUAGACGUCGAGACGGAUUGCUCAAACCUGAGGAGGAAGAUGACGAUACUUAUCAUGAAUAUGAUAUCAGCUGGAUGAAAGUCAGUGAACUCAUGGACCUUUCCAGGAGUCAUCUUCAGUGUUAUCGAAAGUGGAAGUCAAUCAAAGCAAGGGAGCAUGCUACAACGGACGACCUUAUUGCAGAACGUAUUGUGAUUAGCAAUAGCUGGAAGAAUCUCAAAAAUUACCAGGAGGCAACCAAGUCUCUAGCGGCGGAGAAACUACAAUUUCUAAAGGCGAUCCGUGAAAGUAAAGCAGGAGCAGAGAGUAAAAUUGAUUGGAGAGCGAUUGAUGAGAAGCUCGAUCGAAAUCACGAUGCUAUGGAAAUGAGAAUUUGUCUUCGAGGUUUAUUGCAGAACAUUACAGGUCACACUAAUAAACCCCUUCAAGAAAACGUUAAGCUACUCAUACAAGCUUUUGAGGAAUCGGCACCACAUGAACCUGAAGGUUAUGUUGACCUGCCUUUUGAAUCGACGGGUCUCAAAAAGAGAACCAAGAGAUCAAAAACGAGUUCUCUCUUUGAGAACAAUCCUCAGCUUUAUGAUGUUGGUGGUAGCAAUUCCAAGUCUAAAAUGAGGCAUCGUAUGCUUAAUAAAGACGAAUCUCUAGGGAAUGGGCAACUUGAUACUUUCCAAGUACCUGAUUCUGCAAAGAAGGCCAAACGUGCAGCCGUUGUCAAAAAGCCAACUAAAACGUUUGCAUUGAGCACUGAAAGGGUCAUGGAUAGCGAAAGUGAUGAAGAUGAUGGAGCACCAACGAGUGCACAGAAGCCUAGGCCUGAAGAAGAAGAGGAUGAUGAUGAUGAUGUUUCAGAAGUACGGGCCAAAACAAAGCAAAUUUCACUGAAGAAGCAUAGUCAGCGGGUGGCCAAAACGGAGAUUUUUGAAGAUAGUAGUGACGAUAAGCAAGAAAACCGCCUCGAAUCCAAUUCCAAUUCCAACUUAGAACCCGAGGAUGUAGAAAGGGCCGAUGCACAGGACGAUUCGGACAAUCAAGUUUCCGAUAUUGAAACUUCUCAAUCCACUCAAUUCAACCUUGGGGGCAAUGAUUCGAAUAGUAAGAAGAAGAGUCAUUCCAUUAAAAAGCAAUUGUCUAAUCAAGAUGCGAAAACGGCUUUUGAUAAUUCUGGAUACGAUCACCCUCCCGUUGACUCUAGCGAUGAUUCCGAGAUGGAAGAUCCAGAUGAACCACAAGUCCCUGCUACACCGGAGUACGAAUUACAAGAAGGAUAUAGCGGCAUAAGAGAACAAAGUGCGGAUCUUGAUGACUCUGGCCAAAAUUAUGGAAUGAGUGAAGAUGAAGUUGAAGAUGAUGAAGAGAGUAUCAUGGACAAUAUGUCUGAUAUUCCCGCCAAAGUCGUCAAGAAGAAAGCACCUAGUGUUAACGGAAAGAGAGAUGUAUAUUUUGGCAAAGAUGCGAGCGUGGACCUAGAUCAAUAA